AUGCCAGGCAGCAGUGAUCCUGGUACAGCAUUGGCAAAGUUGUUUGCGGAUGAAAACAUUCCUGUUAUACCUAUUCCCGGGCCUUGUGCUGUGGUAGCUGCUCUAUCCGCCUCUGGCUUAAAUACCGAGGAAUUUACAAUUGCUGGAUUUCUCCCCAAACAAGCUGGGUCUCGGAGGGACAGAUUGACAGCUUCAGCUAAGGAAGCAAGGACUCAAUUGUUUUACAUUCCACCACACAAGUUAUUGCAAUUUCUCGAGGAGGCUUCAUCUGCAUUCGAAGAUUGUAGCCGUGGUUGUCGAGUCCGAUUCGAAGAUUGA